AUGCGGUACAUGAUCAUGUCCUGUGCCGCCACCCGGCCCAAGCUGAAGAAGAUGAAGAGUCAGACAGGGCAGGUGGGCGAGAAGCAGUCGCUGAAGUGCGAGGCAGCCGCUGGCAACCCCCAGCCCUCCUACCGCUGGUUCAAGGACGGCCAGGAGCUCAACCGCAGCCGCGACAUUCGCAUCAAGUACGGCAAUGGCAGAAAGACCUCCCGGCUCCAGUUCCACAAGGUGAAGGUGGAGGACGCUGGGGAGUACGUCUGCGAGGCCGAGAACAUCCUGGGCAAGGACACCGUGAGGGGCCGGCUGCACGUCAACAGCGUGACUACCACUCUGUCAACCUGGUCUGGGCACGCCCGGAAGUGCAAUGAGACGGCCAAGUCCUAUUGUGUCAAUGGAGGCGUCUGCUACUACAUCGAAGGCAUCAAUCAGCUCUCCUGCAAGUGUCCUGUGGGCUACACCGGGGACAGGUGUCAGCAGUUCGCAAUGGUCAACUUCUCCAAGCACCUGGGAUUUGAAUUAAAGGAAGCUGAGGAGCUGUACCAGAAGCGGGUCCUGACCAUCACUGGCAUCUGCGUGGCUCUGCUGGUCGUGGGCAUCGUCUGUGUGGUAGCCUACUGCAAGACCAAGAAACAGCGGAAGCAGAUGCACAACCACCUCAGGCAGAACAUGUGCCCUGCCCACCAGAACCGGAGCUUGGCCAAUGGGCCCAGCCACCCCCGGCUGGACCCUGAGGAGAUCCAGAUGGCAGAUUACAUCUCCAAGAACGUGCCAGCCACAGACCACGUCAUCCGCAGGGAAACGGAGACCACCUUCUCUGGGAGCCACUCCUGUUCUCCUUCCCACCACUGCUCCACCGCCACGCCCACCUCCAGCCACAGGCAUGAGAGUCACACAUGGAGCAUGGAGCGCUCAGAGAGUAUGACCUCUGACUCCCAGUCAGGCAUCAUGCUGUCAUCAGUGGGCACCAGCAAGUGCAACAGCCCAGCGUGCGUGGAAGCCCGGGCACGGCGGGCAGCAGCCUAUAGCUUGGAGGAGCAGCGCAGGGCAGCCGCACCCCCUUACCAUGACUCCAUAGACUCCUUAAGAGACUCCCCGCACAGCGAGAGGUAUGUGUCGGCCCUGACCACGCCCGCGCGCCUCUCGCCCGUGGACUUCCACUACUCGCUGGCCACGCAGGUGCCGACUUUCGAGAUCACGUCCCCCAACUCGGCGCACGCCGUGUCGCUGCCUCCAGCCGCGCCCAUCAGCUACCGCCUGGCGGAGCAGCAGCCGCUGCUGCGGCACCCGGCGACGUCGGCGGGGCCCCGGCGCUGGCGCCGCUCGCGCCUCAAUGGGUUGGCGGCGCAGCGCGCACGCGCGGCCCGGGACUCUCUGUCGCUGAGCAGCGGCUCGGGCUGCGGCUCGGCCUCGGCCUCGGACGAAGAUGCGGACGAUGCGGACGGGGCGCUGGCGGCCGAGAGCACGCCUUUCCUCGGCCUGCGCGCGGGGCACGACUCGCUGCGCUCAGACUCGCCGCCGCUGUGUCCGGCGGCCGACAGCAGGACUUACUACUCCCUGGACAGCCACAGCACGCGGGCCAGCAGCAGACACAGCCGCGGGCCCCCGCCGCGGGGCAAGCAGGACUCGGCGCCCCUCUAG